AGUUGAGAUCACCCAAACCGUCAUGGAUAAUUUAGAUUUACAUAUAGACACCGUAAAAUUCUACACAGACAGUAAAGUGGUUUUAGGUUACAUCAGUAACGAGACAAGAAGGUUCUUUAUCUACGUCGCCAAUAGAGUAGAGAAAAUAAGGAAAUUUAGCUCUCCAAGUCAAUGGAAUUAUGUACCAACUAACCGUAAUCCCGCAGACUCGGGAACAAGGUCCGUACCAGCCCAUGAAAUUCAUAGCAGUGAAUUGUUAUUGGGACCAAAACAACUUCUUUCCUCAGAACAGAAGAAUUCUGUGGACAUAUAUCAGCUAAUAGAUCCAGAAGAAGAUGGAGAAAUCCGUGCAACUGUGAAUGUUGCAAAAACAUUUGCCACACCUGAGUAUAAAGGUAUAGGAACUGAUAGAUUCAACCGAUUCUCCAACUGGACAUCACUUGUGCGAGCGAUAGCCUUUUUGGAACGUUUCUCCCGUUUACACGGGUCAAAACAGGCAUCAUCAGUGACUUCUUUGGAUAGUUUUUCGAAUGCCGAACAUUUCAUCUUAAUAUCUGCUCAACAUGAAGUUUAUGGAGAUGAAAUAGAUUGUAUAAAACGUCAGGAACAAAUUAAUAAGCGAAGCCCGAUAGCUAACCUCAAACCGUUUUUGGACGAAAGAGGACUAUUACGAGUAGGAGGCCGCAUUGUCAAAUCUGACUUAAACUUCCGUGAAAAGAAACCAUUGAUCGUCCCUGGACGCCAUCAUAUAGCGACAUUAUUAGUUCGACACUACCACGACAAGAUAAAACAUCAAGGUCGCCAUUUCACAGAUGGAGCGAUUCGAUCCGCAGGAUUUUGGAUCGUUGGAGCAAAACGCUUGAUCUCUUCUAUUAUUCACAAAUGUGUAACAUGCCGCAAACUCAGAGGAAAAACCGAGUAUGAAAUCAUGUCUGAUUUGCCAGAGGACCGUCUCGAACCGUCACCUCCGUUUACUAACGUUGGAAUAGACACCUUUGGACCCUGGACAAUUGUUUCACGUAAAACACGUGGUGGAUACGCCAACUCUAAACGUUGGGCAAUUUUAUUCACAUGCUUAGUGACAAGAGCUAUUCACAUCGAAUUAAUCGAGGAAAUGAGUUCUUCAGUCUUCAUAAACGCCGUCAGGAGAUUCGCCGCUAUAAGAGGCCAAGUUAAGAUUUUCCGAUCUGACCGUGGAACGAACUUUAUUGGCGCAAUCGACGAUUUAAAGAUUGACUCAAUCAACGUUGAAGAUGAACCCUUCAAGAACUUUCUGUAUAAUUCUGGUACAACUUGGAUCUUCAAUCCGCCGCAUUCGUCCCACAUGGGUGGAGCCUGGGAGAGGAUGAUUGGUAUUACCAGGAGAAUUCUUGAUUCUAUGCUUCUAAACGCUGCCGGAAGAAGCCUAACACAUGAUGUGCUCAACACACUAAUGGCAGAAGUUUCAGCAAUAGUGAACUCUAGACCUCUGGUACCGGUAUCAACAGAUCCAGAGAAUCCGUUAAUAUUAACUCCGGCUAUGUUAUUGACACAGAAAACCGACUACAUUUUCCUUUCAGAUCAUCUUGGAGAAUUCGACAAACGAGAUCUCUGUCUUGCCGAAAGGAGGCGAGUACAGGCUCUGGUCAGUGUUUUCUCGUCCCGUUGGAGGAAAGAGUACCUGCCGUUACUACAACAACGACGAAAAUGGACCGAAGAUCGCCGUGAUCUCAUCGAAAGAGACGUCAUUCUUCUAAAGGAUAAAAACCUUUGCCGUACCCAAUGGCCCGUUGGAAUUAUAGUGAAUUCAUUUAAAAGUUCAGACGAACAUGUCCGAAAAGCAGAAGUGCGAGUAAUCGUUAAUGGAAAAGCCACAACCUACACACGUCCUAUCGUGGACAUUCACCUAUGUUAUAUUUUAUGGAAUAGUGAUAUCAGAUAGAUUUCAGACGGGGAGUAUUCUAUCAUCACGUUUUCAAUUGUAUUUGCUACGGCAUAUAUUGGAUUGAAUUUUCAGACAUUCAUAUUUUCCGGAAAUGAUCUGGACUUUUUCGUAUGUUCACUACCGUUUACUUUCUCUUCCUCGCCUGUCUAUUACAAAUGGAUGCCACGACAAAACUGCUCCUGUGGAUAUUGUGACAAAUCACCGUCAAUUUACCAAACAAUACACACUCUGUAAAAACUCCUGUAUCCCUUCUGGUGGAAUUAUAAUCUACAAUCUUCA